AUGUCUACAAAAUUUGUGUAAAUAAUCCUUUUGGGAUUUAAGAUCACGACCAUUUGCCUUAGAAUUUGGAAUUUGCAGUCGAGAUUGAAAUUUUUCAUUGUGCCGGGAUUCGGAUGUGUCCUGGUAGAAUUUUAAUAAGAGAGCUAUCGAGCCAUUGCACACAGCUUAUUUGCUCGCCCAACGUGGGGCAUUACGAAUGUUAGGGUCACAGCAACACUAAAUUAACAUUUUUGACAAGACACCCUGUAUAGGGAUAAGUAUGGAUACAAAGGUCACGUCCACUAAUUAAAAAUGAGCAAUUCCGUGAUAAUUCGCGAAGCUAAAAAAGAAGACAUGCACCAAGUGUGCCAGCUAAUUAAGGAUUUAGCUGUGUUUGAAAACUGUGAAGACCAGUGCAAAAUGACACCCGAGCUUCUGAUGGAAGAUGGAUUCGACACAGAAAAUCCUCUGUUCAAGAGCUUUGUUGCGGAUCGAAAUAAUCAAGUUAUAGGUUACGCAAUUUACUUUAAUAGUUACUCGACUUGGUUGGGCAAAUCUACAUUCUUGGAAGAUUUAUACGUUGAUUCCAAGUAUCGUGGGCAGGGAAUAGGAAGAAAACUAUUUUUGUCUGUAGCAAAAGUUGCGAAACAAAAUAAAAGCAAAAGAUUAGACUUGCAUUGUCUAGCGUGGAAUCCUGCUUUAGAGUUUUAUAAAAAAAUUGGUGCUACAAAUAUAACUGAAAGCGAGAGUUGGAAUUAUGUUAGAAUAAAUGGAUGUGAUUUAGAUAAACUGUUUGAUUAAAAGCAAUGUAACUAUAUUUUAGAUAUUUAUUAUAAAAUUUCAAGUUUUAUACAUUUAAA